AUGGAAGCGCCGGUCAACCGGAAAAACUGCUCUUUCGAGAUUGCUUUUGAUGAUUCCGACCCUCCAAUUUCUAAUAGGAGUCCCUUUACCUCCACGAAACCGUCGAAAUGUAGUGUUGAACACGGAAAAGCUGCAGACGAAAAGAUGGCAGAGGUUAUAAGAAGAAAGUCGGGCAUCUUGCAGCAAACGCGCGAGAAAUACGAGGCUCAUAAUCAAAAAGUGAAGUCCGUUGUUGAGGAUAUCAGGGCUAAACGAGAUAAUCAAAUUGCUGAAUUGAAAGAAAAUACCGAAAUGCGUCUGGAGAUGGCGAGUCUUCGACGCCGUCAGACCCUGGAAGAAAAAGCAGAAUCGGCUAAAAAGAUGGCUGAACCAAGUUCGGUUGCUGGUUUGUGGCACGGGCUUGAGGGUGUGGUUUGCGGCGUCGCCUGCGAACUUGUAGGAAGUGCUGGGCUGACAGAGUGCCUUACUUUGCCCCCCGUUGCCUUCUGGUAUGUGGAAGUUUCUCAGCAAAGUCCCAGAAGUCGUACACAUGUGCCGACUAGGUACUCGGAGCUAGCCCUGACUAUUACCUCUGUCGCGGUGGUAAUGGCCUCCCGGAUGGGUCUACAGCCUCAGUGCUUCAACGAGCAAGUCGACACUAUGUGUGAUGUGAUGCGGGCAGAGCGGCGUUACACUUUAAGUGAUGAACACUGCGGGAUCAGAAAAAUGUGGAAAUAUUUGCAGGCUCUGGAGCCCUACGGCAUCCCGGUGGAGAUGGACAUCCCCUUAGGGAUGCGUCAGGGCACGUAA